AUGUCGGGCUUAAAAGUAGCUGGCUGCUGUGGCCACGAUUUAAGAACAGCGACACUAGUUAUUGGAAUUCUUUUUAUUGUUCUCAACAUCGGAAACUUGAUACGAACACCGAUAGAAUACACCCAAGCAUGUAGCAGUGGUAUGACACUUGAAGACAGUGUCUUUUGUUCAUGGACAAAGGAUUCCUCGAACUUGGGAUUGGCUAUCAGCAGUUCUAUUGUUGAAAUUAUUUUAGAGGCUCUCAUGAUCUAUGGAUCUGAAAAGAAAAAAUACAUGUUAAUGCUACCAUUGCUUGUAAUUCAUGCAAUUGGACUAGGAUUAACUUUCGGAGUUUUUUGGUUCAUCCUCACAGCAGUCGUUGAUAUUUCCAUGGGAGCGAGAGUAAUGAUACUAUUGAUUGGUCAUUUGAUAUUCGCUGUCGGUGCGUACUUAUGGAUGAUUGUCUACAACAGAUGCCAAGAAAUCAGAAGACAAUCUUCAAUGGACCCGGAAAAACAUCAACUUCCUCCCUAUGAACAAUUUGUACAGGAUUAUAAAGUUGCAAUUUAA